UGCCUCGCGCACGCGCACUCCCACCCUCCCUCGCCCGCCUGCCGCUUCCCCAGCCCAAGCCUGUGAUUGGUGCAGGCCUCAGACCUGGCGGGCCCCGAAUGCCAGGCCCCGAAAAAAGCGGCCUUCGCGGUCGUUCCUGCGGCCUCCGCCCAGCGAGGUGAGGAGCGAGUACGUAGCGGGGAAGGAAUAGCGGAGAACGCGUCCAUGAAUGAACAUAUAUGAUUAUGGAUCCAGGUGGUGGAAGCCUUGGACUGCAGGAAUCCAAAAUGCCUCACACUAUGAUUAUGCAGGAUUUUGUGGCUGGAAUGACUGGUACGGCUCACAUUGAUGGAGACCAUAUUGUUGUAUCAGUCCCUGAAGCUGUCUUGGUCUCUGAUGUUGUCACAGACGAUGGAAUAACACUUGAUCAUGGCUUAGCAGCUGAAGUUGUCCAAGGACCUGAUAUCAUAACUGAAACUGAUGUUGUUACAGAAGGUGUCAUUGUUCCCGAAUCUGUAUUGGAAGCUGAUGUUGCUAUUGAAGAAGCACUAGAUACCAGUGAUCACGUAUUGACUUCUGAUCUAAUAACAGAAACUGUUAGAGUUCCUGAUCAGGUCUUUGUCGCUGAUCUUGUUACGGGGUCUGAUGGACAUUUGGAACAUGUAGUACAAGAUUCUGUAUCAGGAGCUGACUCUCCCACGAUGGUUUCAGAAGAGGUUCUUGUAACCAAUUCAGAUACAGAAACUGUGAUUCAGGCAGCUGGCACUGUUCCUGGUUCUACAGUUACUAUAAAAACGGAAGAUGAUGAUGAUGGCAAGAGCACAUCUGAAGACUAUUUAAUGAUAUCUUUGGAUGAUGUUGGGGAAAAGCUAGAUCAUAUUGGAAACACUCCCUUAAAAAUCAGCACUGAAGUGUCACACGAUGACGUAUCUAAAGAUGAUGGGUUUGGUUCUGAAGUUAUUAAAGUUUACAUAUUUAAAGCAGAGGCUGAGGACGAUGUGGAAAUAGGUGGAACAGAAAUUGUAACAGAGAGUGACUUUCAUAAUGGGCAUUCUGUAGCUGGAGUUCUAGAGCAAGGAGGCGUUGGCAGAGUUCAGCGAGAGAAGAUGGUUUAUAUGGCUGUUAAGGAUUCCUCUCAAGAGGAUGAAGAUAUUAAUUGUGCUGAAAUAGCAGAUGAAGUGUAUAUGGAGGUCAUUGUGGGAGAAGAGGAAGCAACAUCACUCCCUGAUGCACAGCUUGAAGAAUCGGGUGUGAAUAAAACUUUUGUUCCUGUUGCAUGGGCUGCUGCUUAUGGAGAUGAUAGAAGAUUGCCAAGGAGAUAUGAGGAUUGUCAGACAUCAGGAACCAACUUGGAAGCAAGAUUAGAAAACAAAAAUGGUAAUGCAACACAAUACCUGCAAAUCUGUGAUAGCAUUAGCACAAACAGACUGCUUAAGCAGAAGGCCAAGAGAAGGAGAAGAGGGGAAGCAAGGCAGUGGCAAACAGCUGUUAUAAUAGGUCCCGAUGGGCAGCCUUUAACCGUCUACCCUUGCCAUAUAUGUGGGAAAAAAUUCAAAUCCAGAGGAUUCUUGAAAAGACAUAUGAAAAAUCACCCAGAUCACAUGAUUAAGAAGAAAUACCAGUGCACAGACUGUGAUUUUACAACUAAUAAGAAAGUGAGCUUCCACAAUCACCUGGAAAGCCAUAAGCUUAUCAACAAAGUGGACAAAACCCACGAAUUCACAGAGUACACCAGGCGGUACAGGGAAGCGAGUCCUCUCAGUUCAAAUAAGCUGAUCUUGAGGGAUAAGGAGCCUAAAUUGCACAAGUGCAAGUAUUGUGACUAUGAGACUGCGGAGCAAGGGCUGCUUAACCGGCACUUGCUCGCGGUUCACAGCAAGAACUUCCCUCAUGUUUGCGUGGAGUGUGGGAAAGGCUUCCGCCACCCUUCCGAACUCAAAAAGCACAUGCGGACCCACACGGGGGAGAAGCCCUACCAGUGCCAGCACUGCGUCUUCCGUUGCGCCGACCAGUCCAACCUGAAGACGCACAUCAAAACCAAGCACGUGACCGACCUACCCUUUAAGUGUGAACAUUGCCCGCAGGCGUUUGCAGAGGAUAAAGAACUGCAGGAGCACUUGGAGCUGUUUCAAGGGCAUAAGACUCACCAGUGUUCGCACUGCGACCACAAGAGCACUAACUCUAGCGACCUCAAGCGACACGUCAUCUCUGUCCACACAAAAGACUUUCCUCACAAGUGUGAGGUGUGCGAAAAGGGUUUCCACCGUCCCUCGGAGCUCAAAAAGCACAGCGAGGCUCAUAAAGGUAAAAAGAUCCAUCAGUGUAGGCACUGUGACUUUAAAACGUCCGAUCCUUUUGUACUUAGCGGGCACAUCCUCUCCGUUCAUACCAAGGACCUGCCUUUUAAAUGCAAACGUUGCAAGAGAGGGUUUAGGCAGCAGAUAGAACUGAAGAAGCACAUGAAGACCCACAGCGGGAGGAAAGUCUACCAAUGCCAGUAUUGUGAGUAUAGCACUACAGACGCAUCGGGCUUCAAGCGGCACGUCAUAUCGAUACACACAAAAGACUAUCCACACAGGUGCGAGUACUGCAAAAAGGGAUUCCGUAGGCCGUCAGAGAAAAACCAGCAUAUAAUGAGGCACCACAAAGAAGCUCUAAUGUAACCCCUGAGCUGUGGAAGGGAGUCAUGUAGAAACUGUGAUGUGCUAAUUGGGAAAGAAAAAACUCUCAUGAACUGUUUCUCCUGGUUUCAAAGCUUGAUAUUAAACCAUAACUUUACAUUCUUUGUAUUACAAGUCUUUAAAAAGUAUUAGGGUUGACAAGGGAGCUGAUAGCCCUAUGAUUGUUGCUCAUCAGAACCUAAAGAACACUAUACAAUGCAUAGAGAGGAAUGAAUGUCUGAGAAGCUGCAGAAUGAGACCUUGAAUGUCUUCUGUUUAAAGUAUUACACAUUGUUAAGCUAAAGGAAAUAAUACGACAGUUAUCUUAGCCCUUUAUCAAUAACGCCAUUUUAUCUCCUCAAGGAAAACCAGGGACAGGAGUUCUUUACAGAGAUUUGCAAAGGCAAGUCUUCCAUGUGCAGUUUUUGAACAGUGACGCUGGAUAGAAAUCCAAUCAUCACGGCAUUUUUCAUUGUGCUCAGAAACAGUAUUCCAGAACUGGUCGGAUCUUGAGAUCUGGUCUUCCAUUUUGUUUUUAAAAGAAAGCAUAUUUUUCAGCAGGAAACUUUUCUCUCCAUUUAUUUAUGUUCACAAUGAGCAUUUUUUUAAAAAAGCUGCUAACUUAUUUCAUUGCAGGAUGCAAUGUUUAAAAUACAGCAUUAUGUUUUUGAGCUCAAAAAGUGUCGUUCGGUGCUAAGGUUAAAGAUGUGUGUGCGUGUGUGUAUAAUUUCCUUUUUUAUCCAAACCUGCAGUUGAAUGUUUAAUAUGGCAAAUAUGACAAAAAGUAUAUUUUGGCCGAUCUGAUUACUGUUACUUUAGGGUGGGUGCGGCUGAUGGUGCUAAGACUCGGCGCUGUUCUUUUUCUCUUUACUCUCUUCCAUUUUUAAAAAG